UUUCACGUAACAUAAAAGCCGAGACUCAGGGUUUUAUUUAAAAAUAGCUGUACAUUUGUUAUAGUAACAUUAAAAUUCAAGCAGAAUAAAAUCAUAUCAGAAGGCUCUGCCAAAGCUUUAUAUAAUAUAGGUAUUCAUUAUUAGAAUUUAUCUACCAGGACUAUUUUUAUUUAAGAAAAAUAUACCAAUUUUUGUAGUAUUUUCAGUUGAGAGAAAAUCCACAGUAUGUAAAUGAUAAGUUUUUUUUUUAAUAUUUUGUUCAUAAGACUCAAAAAUAUUGUGUGUUCUACAAUAUCAUAAACUGUCAUGAGCACUAUAGUAAUACACACAAAGCUCAUAGUGUAUAAGUGAAGAUCAUCAGUGGUCUUUGUGUAUAAAAGUUUUGAUUAAUUCCACUUUACAAGCAAAUAUGAAUGCCCCCAGAGAAAAGAAACUUCAAUGUUCAGUGUGUCUAAAAAAAUUUAAAGAUAAUUAUCGUCUAACGGUACAUCAGAGAGUUCAUACAGGUGAGAAACCUUAUCAGUGUCUAGUGUGUCUAAAAUAUUUUACACAAAAAUAUAAUCUAUCAAUUCAUAAGAAAGUUCAUACAGGAGAGAAACCUUAUCAGUGUCCAGUGUGUCUAAAAUAUUUUACACAAAGAUAUAAUCUAACGAUUCAUAAACGUAUCCAUACAGGAGAAAAGCCGUAUCAAUGCUCACUGUGUUUGAAAGACUUCUUAGACAGAUCUUCAUUUUCAAAACAUAGGAGAGUUCAUACUGGGGAAAAACCAUAUCAGUGUUCAGUGUGUGAAAAAGGUUUUAAACAAACAGGACAUCUACUGACACACAUGAGAGUUCACACUGGAGAAAAACCAUUUCAAUGCUCAGUUUGUUCCAAAGAAUUUGCAGUUAAAUCUGCUCUAGUAAAACACACAAGAUUACAUACAGGAGAGAAACCAUAUCAGUGCUCAGAAUGUUGGAAAGCCUUUACACAACAUAGUGGUUUAGUUCAACACAUGGCUCUUCAUACAAAAGAAAAACCAUUUGGGUGUUCAGAAUGUCUGAAGGAGUUCUCAAGCAAAUCAACCUUAAUAAAUCAUAUAAAACUUCAUGCUGGUGAAAAACCAUUUAAGUGUUCAAAGUGUUCUAAAUGUUUUUUGAAAAAAAGUCAUUUAGUAAAGCACAUGAGCGUUCAUAACAAGAAACCAUCAUAUCAGUGUUCAAAGUGUCUAAAAGGUUUCUUGGGCAAAAUCGAUCUAGUUAACCAUAUGAAAAUUCAUGUUCAAGACAAAACCCCUAGCAAUGUUCAACAACUAAAAGACUUUAGGAAGAUACCAAGUUAAACAUAUGAGGAUCCCCAACUCUAGCAGGAAAAGUGCAAUAUAAAUUAUGGUUGUGCAAGAUAUGAAAUUUAUAUUAAAUUUAACCCUUCAUAAUAAGCAGGAAUAUUUGCUUCACAAAAAAUCCCUGAGUGAAGCAGUUAAAUUUAAAAAAUUGCCUCAAAACAUCAUGUCCUGCAAUGUUAUCAAGAUUUCUGGGUUUCAGAGCAGAAGUUUAAACUUGGUAGAUAUAACCAUUUGGUGUCCAUAGAGGAAAAUAUGACCUUAUGAGGUAGAUCUAAAUGUCAGCAUUAAUUCAUUUUUCAUUAGCCUUUAACCCCUGGUGGGGGGGAGGGGUAACAGUUAAAUUUUGAGAGAGAGGGGUCUCAGCUCCCGCCACUGACUUCUAGUUACAUAAUGUAGGGCUGUUGCAUGGGCAACAGGAGUCUGAAAUAGAACCCUGUUUGCUCAGAGAAUCACAGCAAUGUGCACAGUAGCUAUCUUCCUUAAAACUGGAUUGCAUUUGGACUCUGAGAGCCCAUGCCUUGAGCUGCAUUUUGAUGUUGCAGAAGUCACUGUGUGUCCACUUAGUAAGGAGUUAGGGAGCUGAAGGAAGAAGGAAGCUGUAUUACUCUGUACUAUAUUUGUUAGUGUCUUGGUCAGUGUUGAAUGUAGUGCAGUAUACUCUGUUGCUCCAGUUGAUCCCAAGGGAUUACCUCAGGUCAGGUCGGCUGCCUCAGCAGGCCAUGAUGCAGCUGUGAUGUCACCAGGCCCGUGUGACUUAUGGCAACCUAUGAGAAAGCUAGCAUGCCCAUAUUGUAGUAAGUGAUUCUCUGAUUGGAAGUUGUAAUAGUCACUGGAAGGCCAGGUCCCUAAUCUACACAGUAAAAUAACAACGUACUGGAGUGAACGAUAUGGAAGAAAAUGCAGAAUAGAACCAGUGAAGAACAGAGGUGCCAUAGGCACAAUCAGAGA